AUGUGUCUAUUCCAUUUUCUCGCUGUGAUUGCUACUACUUUUGCUCAAAUUUCUCAGCCAGAUUCUGAAUCUCAGAAUCCAAUGAGUCCUCAAAAAUGUACAAAGCCGAGGCUAACACCGGCGGCGAUUUUAGAUGUGAUUAUGGCCAACUACUCCAGAUCUCUCCCUGGAAAUCCCGUUGGAGUUCAAGUGGAAGUUACAGUCCAAGACGUUAUGGAAUUAAGUGUAUUGAGUAACAGUUUCACAGCAGAUAUCUGGUUUAGUUCGAUCUGGUAUGAUCCAAGACUCGCCUACUCUCAUUUGGAUAAUUGUCGACAGAAUUUAUCGUUUGAUGAUCGAUUUGAGAAGUUAAUUUGGUCCCCAAAUGUCUGCAUUGUGAACACGAAAUCCGCUCAUGUACACCGGUCCCCAAAACCAAACGUCCUGCUGAUGUUAUUACCGAAUGGAACGAUUUGGUUGAAUUAUCGAAUCCGAGUCCAGUCGCCGUGCUCAAUGAACCUCGAAAGAUUCCCGAUUGACACCCAGUACUGUCAUUUAGUAUUCGAAAGUUACUCUUAUAACACUGCAAGUGUAUCCGUCAACUGGAUGGAUAACCCGGUUACGGUACUCCCGGAAAUCUCUCUCGCUGAUUUCGACUUGUCAAGAUAUCGAACUUCCAGGCAUACAGAGGUUUACAAAGCCGGGGAGUGGUAUAGAUUAACUGUUGAGUUCGAGUUUACUAGAAAAUAUGGAUUCUAUAUAUUACAGCUCUACGUGCCCACUUAUAUCAGUUUAUUCAUCUCAUGGAUCGCAUUUUGUAUCGAUACGAAAGCACUGCCAGCUCGGAUUGUUCUGGGAGUGAAUUCAUUGAUGUCUCUCACUUUUCAGUUUGGUAACAUAAUCCGGUCCCUUCCCCCGGUCUCCUAUGUAAAAGCAAUUGAUAUAUGGAUGUGUACAUGCGUUGGAUUCAUCUUCGCAUCCCUCCUUGAACUCGCUUUCGUCGCCUAUCAAGACAAAAAACUUAUUCUAAAAUCCGGGAAAUCCAAUGCAGCAAUCAGUACACUCGUCAGUUACCUGAAGCAUUUCGAACCGUUCCAUGAGGUUGCUUCUCCACCGCCACCACUUCCGAUUGAUGAGAAAAAAACAAUGAGUCGGACACCGUCUACGAUUACGAAUCCAUCGAAGAGUGAAUUCGAUGGGUUGGAUACGAAGGAUUUGGAAGAGGAAAUUGCGGAAUAUCGGAAGUUGGCUUAUGCUAGAAAGAAGUGGAGACUGUUGGACUUCGGGGCAAAUGUUGAUAGAAUAUCUUUCAUCGUCUUUCCAUUGUCGUUUGCAAUAUUUAAUGUGGUUUACUGGACGUAUUAUCUUCAAGAUGUGCGGAUCUCUACUUGGACAUGA